AUGUCGGAGUAUGGAAUGGAGAAGAGAAGGGACGGCGGCUCAAAGAGAGGAGAUGAGGCGAGGAAAAAAAGGGAGAAAUUCUCCCGUUGCUGCUGCAAAUUGCGAGAGAGAGAUCGGGGAGAGGAGCCGAGAAAUUUGGGGGAAAACGAUAGGGCCUGCUGGCGACUGACUUCGUGUGGGAGCUGCUGCGAUUCUUGGCCGAGAGAGAAGGGGUGGACUUGGGCGGAAUGUUUUAGCUCCUCACAGCACCUGGGAAACUCCUCUCGCCACCCGCUUUCCGACUCAUCAAAUCGGCUGCUAUCUCUCAGGUACUCACUGCACGAACUCAGCCUCUGGCUCUUGAUUUCCUCACCGCAUGAGCCCAAUGCCUUCACGGCUGAGAACGCGAGGAGAACCAACAGAGUGGCCGUUAGCGCUGUGAAGUACCUCGUCAUCUUUCAACUAAACUCACAAGAUUGA